GCUAUUCAACAGUACUUGUACUACCGCAAAGAGGCUGGACUAGUCCACAGGCAAAAACUUCGUGUGCCAUAAUAAUAAUUUUAAAGGGCGGGUGAAUAGUGGUUAGAGAAAACCAGAGCCGGUAGCAGGUAUUUUCUCACUUCACGCUGUGUGUCAAUUGUUGAUAAGGGAUAUUUACUUACCGGUAAAUUUUGUGUAAAAAAAAAAUGGAGGUACAUACGGUGUUGCUGGACUUCACAGUAUCAAGUAACGUCAUCAGUGAUGUGGAGAAACGAUCUAACUUGAAAACUACAAUUUCUAAUGUCCUGGGGGAGCAUAUAGGCAGUUUAAAGCCAUUGACUGAAAUGAAUAUAGAUGAAGGUCUUCUUUUGUUGUACACUGGCGUGAGAGGAACUCUUAUUACUGUACGAGCCUACCCUAAAGGUUUGGUAACAGUAAACAUUGAGUAUUACAAAGGGGACAACGAAGAGGCUCUGCUCAAUUUUGAGACAGCGAGAGACCUGGAGACAGCGUUGCUGGUGGCGGCUGCUGCCACCCGGUCCCACACGCUUGUCCCCAUUAAACGUGGCGGCCAUUAUGAGCGAUUCUAUCCAACCUCCGAUGGAAGACUGCUUGAAUAUGACAUUGACAAACUAGUCUUUGAGGCACGGUCACCGUAUCAGAAAGUACAGAUUGUUCACUCCAAGUCACUUGGAAACAUGCUGGUUCUCGACGAAUUACAAAAUAUGUCAGAAGCAGACAUGAUUUACACAAACACCUUGAUGCAGUGUGACAAAGAAAACUACACAGGGAAAGAAAUUGUUAUUCUUGGAGGUGGUGAUGGAGGAUUACUUUGGGAACUAUUAAAACAAAAUCCACAAUUUGUAACAAUGCUCGAGCUUGAUGAAGUUGUCAUGAAAGCAUGUAGUCAGCACAUGAGAAGUAUAUGUGGUGACUGUCUGGACAAAAUGAAAGGUGACAACUAUGAGAUCAUAGUAGGUGACUGUGUAAAGACUCUAAAACACAUGAUUGAAGAAGGACGUCAAUUUGAUUACGUAUUUGGCGAUUUGACCGACAUACCUAUAAGUCCAACACCUGACGGAGAUGCGUGGAACUUUAUUAGGUUGAUAUUAAAUUCGUCUUUCAAAGUAUUAAAACCGACUGGCAAAUUCAUGACUCAUGGAAACGGAGCAUCGUGCCCAGAUUCGUUGAAAAUGUUUGAAGAAGUUUUAUCCGAGUUGCCUGGUCCUGUUACUAUUACAAAGGCUCAAGCCUACAUUCCGUCAUUCUACGAAGAUUGGAUCUUUUAUCAAGUUUCAUUGAAAUGAUGGAUCAAACAUGGUAGACCCAGCAUACUCACAAAUCUAAAGAAACUCCCUCACCAGCUCAUACCUUUAUGACCCAAAUUUUCAUUUAGUUUCAAGUUAGAGUUUAGCAAUUCAGUUCCUAUUGAAGCGUUUUUUUUUAUUUGAAACUUUAACCAAAUUCGAAAAUGGUGAAGCAAUAUUGAGGUCGUAAACCACGGAUAAGCUUGACUAAUUCGCCGUGUGAUUGGUAAAGCCUUGGUAAAUUUCUGGGUAUAAUAUUACACAAUCCGUUGUUGCUACUGUACUUUUAACCUGCAUCCUUUAAACCUUUAUCUCUCAUGAAGGUUGAAAUUCGCUAAUUCUUAUAAGAAUGUUCCCGUGAACUAUAAAAAUUGUGUCAUCAGCUAAUUUCUCGCUAUCAGCCUUACAAAAUAGAAACAAAUAACAAGUCAUGAACUAAAAAUAUAAUUUGAUAUGAGCUAAAUUUGUUUGGUAGUGCAAACUGAAACUGUUAUCUCCUGAUGAGACUCUCAAUGUUGACGCGAUUUACACCGAUGUUAUCUUAUUACUAAUAAAAUUGAGUUGCAUACGUGCAAAAUUGGCUCCGAAAAUAUUUUGCAUAUUCUGUUACUGAGCGUAUAUGAUUCAUACGUCAACUAUUACCAUUAAAAAAAAUGUCUUCUGACAUCUACCUACUUGACGUUUACAAACACGAUAAAUUUGAUAUUGAUUUAAAAACUACUUCAUGAUAUUCAUAGCUAUGCUACAUAUUACCCAGAUAUAUGAUACGUAACACAGUUCGAUGUGUUGCUGCUUUUAUCAGAGACUUCUUUAUUUAAAUAGAGUAUAAUGUAUCAACAACUGUUCCUAGUGUAAUAUUAAAUGCAAACUUAUUUGUUUCGGAAAUGUCAAGAAUGAGUAAAGUAGUCAUUGUUCAUAAUCUAAACUUUAGGGACCGCUGUAAUAUAUAGUAUAAGUAUAAUAAAAAUUUCAAUUUGCGGCAUGUAAGUCAUCAUUGUUUCUUUUAUGGCUAAAUACAAAAUCUUGUUUCAUAAUCAACAUUUAAUUAUCUCAAGAAAUAUUCAAUGCCAAUCUAAUUUUCCAUUUCAUAUUAUAUAGACUAUUAU